AUGAUUCUGCCACCUGAGAUAGUAUAUGAGGUGCUGACAUUCCAGUUUUAUGACUUAAUGUCCAAUGAUCACCCCAGCAGUCCCGAGAAGUUCUAUUCAAACUUGCGAAUAUUUCUGCGGAGUAACCUAACGGUGAACAGGACUUUCUACCACAUCUGCCGAGUUUUGCUGUAUCGAUACCUCAAUUUUACCUCUGCCAGAGGUUUCCACAAACUUUUAGAAACGUUAAGAAGCAGUCCCGAGGUUUUGCGUUACAUUGAAGUUGCGGACUUUCAAGAACUAACAUCUAUUGGGCUCGGAAGAACAGGCGAAAUGAACAAAAGCAUCAAAAAUCUCACAAAUGAAACACUAUGGGAGUUUUUGGGCUACACAAGCAACAGUCUUCGGGAAUUUCUGGCUAGUGAGCAUAUCCAGGCAGAUCUUGACCAACGCAUCAUCAAUUUCCUUUUGAGGCCAGGCACAGUCCUCAGCGUUGUUGACUUUUGUGGUUGUUCUCAAGACAGCUUCACCAGGACUUUCACGGCAGCAGUAGAUCAACUGUACAGCAGUAGUGAGCCAAUUGCGUAUAAUUAUCAAAUGACAGCGCUCGGUCUCAACGACUGUACCACAAUUGAGCCCAAAACUUUAGGUCGGCUGUUGAUGACGCUUCCAGAGCUCCAGAAAUUAGACCUGACCCGCACUGCAAUAGACGAUCGUACCCUGAUUAGUGAUGUUCCACAUCUAAAGAACUUAACACAUUUGUCAUUGGCAAUGUGCUCGCAGCUUACUCCUAGGGGGGUUUUAGAAUUCUUCAGUUAUCACCCAGCAGUAACAGACAAAGACAACAUCUCGACCCUGCAGUGGCUUAAUGUUCAGGUUCAUUCCCACUCGUCCUCUUGGACAGACGUACAACUGAUGUUUUUAUUGAAAAAGCUGUGCUUCUAUGGCCAUAACAAAACCCUGCAGUAUCUAAACAUUGGCGGGAUGCCCAUGUACAUCAACGACGAUAUUACUGCUGUCAAGUCUACGCAUUACUGGCAAUGCCAGGACACUCUCCAUUUUAUCAAACUAAAUUUCCCCCAACUGAAAAGCCUGAGCAUUAGAGACAACAACGUUCCCAUUCCCAAGCUAACGCAUUUUUUGUCUCCACUUGAAAACAAAGAGAUUACAGAUCAGCAUUUGAAGUUUCUCAACAUAGUAAACAACUCCUACAUUAAUAGAUGGAGUAUUCAGGAUCCCACAAUCUUUUCUCAUUCACAGAGCUUAUGUGCCCUCGAAAUGUCGUUCGAUCCUUGGCAGCAAAUCGAGGCAUCUAACCCAAGACAUGAAAUCACUUGUAGACUAUCAAACGGAUCUUCGCUGUUCCAGGACUAUUCUUUGGCACCGCCUGUGAAAUGGAAAUGCUACAUUGGAUCUGCAUAUGGCAGAAGGCAUUGGAUUUACAAGACUGACGAUUAUCUGAACCGAGGUGACCUUGAGACAAGAGGGUUUUUGACCAGAUACGAUUCCCAAGGUAACAAGAUUAUUGAUAUUGUGUCACACCCUGAUUUUUUGAAGUUUGCACAAACGAAGAUCAUGCUUGGCUGCGGGCUUGUCGCUCAAAGUCGAGCCCGAAGAAACCUCACCUACCGAGACCACAAGCCGCCAGUUUCCCGGUUUCUGAGCAGAAAUAAGGGUCUGGCAACUAGCCCUGUAAUCGCAUCGCCCCAAGAAACUCCAGUGUCACUGCCCGGUGGGUGGAGAGUGAUUGAUAAUGAGCACAAUGAAGAAUCUGGAAACAGCACUAUGGAGGAAAGCGUAGACCCAACACCUCCAAACUCAAGGAAUGGUCUGUACUGGGAUCGCUCAAUUAUCAACCUACAGGAACAGAUGCCACCGGUCGAAACAGAUGCUGAGUAUUUUGAUACGCCGGAGUUACAGCGUCGCAGGUCGGCGCUAUGCCUGUUGAACGACCGUGCUGGGCGUGAGCAUUCACUUGACUCUCGAAAGACCGAGAUGGAUAUUGCCAGACUCUUGAGAUCGAGUAGUUCUCAAUUUUCCGAGAUUUCAUCACGCAGCGAAAUGCGUGGGUACUCGGAGACUUAUUACAUGCAUUUGGUGGUAGCUACCGAGUACAACGUAUUCGGAUGUUUGGAGCGUGGCAUGUACCGAUACUACAGUCUGAAAUCGUGA